AUAAUGAGGAGGAAGUGGAAGAGCUAGGAUCCCCGAUGGAAGAAGAAUUGGCAACAGGUUAUGCACUGCCUGCCAUAAAUUCGGAAACCAAAGAGGAAGACAUUGAUGACUCGCAAAUGGUGGAUGCGUUAUCACAUCACGAGGAGGAUGGAGAAGAUAUAAAAGAUCCGGUGAAAGAAGAGUCACCGGCCUCGUUGAUGUGA